GCCCAGAAGUUUGAUAAGCUUUGGCAGGCCUCCAAGACGCCAGAGUUGCCCGAACAAGUUGGGUGCAUUCAGCCCCUCGAUGUUGUGCCGCCACCGGAGAUGAGGGCAGUAUCGCAUCGGUAUAAGCUCACGUCCGCGACCUCCGUGGACGGCUUCCACAUGCGCCACUUCAGCAGCAUCGCUGAUCAAGGUUUGCUGGCCUUGAUGUCUUUAUAUGCUGUCAUGGAGGCGACCUCCAUCCUGCCGAAUCAG